AUUGGUCUGCUGUGGUGAAUCUUAGCAACUGUACAGAAAGAUGGCUGCUAGCAAGACGAAAAACCAGAGUUCUUUGGCCCUCCACAAAGUAAUCAUGGUUGGUAGUGGUGGUGUAGGCAAAUCGGCCCUUACACUUCAAUUUAUGUAUGAUGAGUUUGUUGAAGACUAUGAACCUACAAAGGCUGAUAGCUACAGAAAGAAAGUAGUUCUGGAUGGUGAAGAAGUACAGAUAGAUAUUUUGGAUACAGCGGGUCAAGAAGAUUAUGCAGCUAUUCGAGACAACUAUUUUCGUAGUGGAGAAGGUUUCCUUCUAGUUUUUUCCAUUACUGAGCAUGAAUCCUUUACAGCAACAGCAGAGUUUAGGGAACAGAUCUUACGUGUGAAAGCUGAAGAGGACAAAAUACCGUUGCUUGUGGUGGGAAAUAAAUCUGAUUUGGAAGACCGCCGACAAGUGCCUGUAGAAGCAGCCAGAAGCAAAGCAGAGGAGUGGGGUGUACAAUAUGUAGAGACAUCUGCAAAAACCAGAGCAAAUGUAGAUAAGGUGUUCUUUGAUCUAAUGAGGGAGAUUAGAGCCAAGAAGAUGUCAGAAAACAAAGACAAGAAUGGCAAGAAAAGCAGCAAAAACAAGAAGAGUUUUAAAGAAAGAUGUUGCUUAUUGUGAUUUUCAGUAGCCAAACAUAUAGGCUAUGGAAUUAACAAGACAUUUCACCACUGAGAGUA